UCUCCGACUGGAAUCACCCUCGCAAGGAGUGCAACACCUGCCCUGGUGGCCGAACUGGCUCUAAAUCACUCCUACUAGUCUUUUGUUUUCCGGCCGACUGUCAUAUUUGUGACGGGGUGUGUGACAGCUGUGACUUGGGUUCAAUUGAAGCGGAGUUGGAAGGCGAGACCCACCACGGGUUGUUUUCCUACAACCAUCGUCGCUGCUGCCAGACUCGACGUCGAAGCUCAGGACAACACUAAGGCGACUGUUUCGAGGCCCUUAUAGCCAACCGGAGCCGUUGCAACCGCAUCGUCUCGCUUUUUCACUCGUCUUUCGGUCUUUUUUUCGUCUUUUCGGUAGCCCAAACAUCGGCUCACAUCCCAAUCCGCGUACUUCACUGCUCGCGUCUCUAUUCUCGAAGAAAUGCUAGGUCACCAGUUCGCGUACUCCGCUGCUCCUGUCCGGAAAGUAAAGGAGGUCCAAUUUGGCAUCCUCUCACCCGAGGAAAUUAAAGCCUACUCUGUGGCCAAAAUUGAACAUCCAGAGGUUAUGGACGAGGCAUCCCACAAGCCCAAAUUGGGCGGUUUGAUGGAUCCUCGCAUGGGCACAAUUGAUAGAAACUUCAAGUGCCAAACUUGUGGGGAAGGCAUGUCGGAGUGUCCCGGCCAUUUUGGUCACAUAGAAUUGGCAAGGCCUGUAUUCCAUCCUGGCUUCAUCGUGAAAGUGAAAAAAGUCCUGGAGUGUAUUUGUGUAAACUGUGGAAAACUAAAGGCUGAUAUCUCCGACCCCAAUUUCGCCGACAAGAUACGGCAUGUCCGGGAUCGCAAAGCUCGGAUGGCCAUCGUCUGGAACCACUGCAAAACAAAGAUGAUUUGUGAAAGUGACGAACCGCGGGAGGAUGGUGUUGAGGCGGAUCCUGAUGAGCCUAAGAAGGGCCAUGGUGGCUGUGGUCACCAACAGCCACAGAUCAGGAAGGAAGGCUUGAAGCUUUUCGUCCAAUAUAAACGCCCGAAGGAUGAUGACGAGGACAUCAAGUCGUUGCAGCCUGACAAACGCCUGUUCACGCCGUCGGAGGUGUACACGACGUUCAAGAAAAUGUCGGAUUCUGAUCUCCACUUACUUGGUCUCUCCGAUGAGUAUGCACGGCCGGAGUGGAUGAUCAUCACUGUAUUACCGGUCCCACCUCCACCUGUCCGCCCGAGUAUAGCUGUCGACGGCGGUGCUAUGAGGAGUGAAGACGAUCUGACGUACAAGUUGGGUGACAUCAUUAAGGCCUCUGCCAGCGUUCGGCGGUGUGAGCAGGAAGGUGCACCUGCUCACGUCAUAACGGAGUUUGAACAGCUGUUGCAGUUCCACGUUGCGACCUACAUGGAUAAUGAUAUUGCUGGUAUCCCUCAAGCACUGCAGAAGUCAGGCCGACCUGUGAAAGCCAUCCGGGCACGACUAAAGGGCAAGGAAGGACGCUUACGUGGUAACUUGAUGGGUAAACGUGUAGACUUCUCCGCACGCACGGUCAUCACAGGUGACCCAAACUUGGAACUGGACGAAGUGGGCGUUCCCAUAAGUAUAGCUAUGAAUCUUACGUUCCCCGAACGAGUGACACCGUACAACAUUGCUUACCUGCAAGAACUCGUUCGGAAUGGGCCCUCGACUUAUCCGGGCGCAAGAUACGUCGUUAGAGAUACUGGAGAACGUAUCGACUUGCGAUACAACAAGCGUGCCGAUGCGUUUCUCCAAUACGGUUGGAUAGUAGAACGACAUCUGAAGGACGGAGAUUUCGUUCUUUUCAAUCGCCAGCCGAGUUUGCAUAAAAUGAGCAUGAUGAGUCACCGGGUGAAGCUGAUGCCCUAUUCGACCUUCCGCCUGAACCUCUCUGUGACGCCCCCUUAUAAUGCCGAUUUUGAUGGUGACGAGAUGAACAUGCAUAUACCACAGUCAGAGGAGACUCGCGCAGAACUAUCACAGAUUGCGUGGGUACCCCUGCAGAUCAUUUCGCCACAAGCUAACAAACCUGUUAUGGGUAUCGUGCAAGAUACGCUAUGUGGUAUCCGCAAGUUCACGCUACGGGACACGUUCCUUGACUGGAACCAAGUUCAAAACAUUCUCCUCUGGGUCCCUGAUUGGGAUGGUCAUGUCCCGCCGCCAGCCAUUAUCAAGCCCAAACCUCUUUGGACGGGUAAACAAAUUCUGAGCAUGGUCAUUCCACGCGGCAUCAAUAUUCAUCGUGCACCGGACCAGAAAACAUCGAAUCCAGUCUUCGACGAUGGCAUGCUGGUCGAAAACGGUGAAAUUCUAUAUGGCAUCGUUGACAAAAAGACGGUUGGCGCGACUCAGGGCGGUCUCAUACAUGUCGUCUUCCGCGAGAAAGGUCCCGAGGCCACGCGUCAGGUCUUCACUGGCAUUCAGAUGGUCGUCAACUACUGGCUCUUCCAUAACGGUUUCAGUAUCGGUAUCGGUGAUACUAUUGCUGGACCGAAAGUGAUGAGCUUUAUCACCGAAAAAAUUGCGGAGAAGAAGCAAAGGGUGCAGGAGAUCAUUGAUGACGCGUAUCAUGACCGCUUGAAGGCCAUGCCCGGUAUGACUAUCCGAGAAUCCUUUGAAAGUAUGGUCGAGCGUGAACUUAACCUUGCCCGUGACCAUUCUGGCCGAUACGCGCAGGAGCAUUUGAAGGAGGACAACAAUGUCAAGCAGAUGGUCACUGCAGGGUCCAAAGGUUCUUAUAUCAACGUCUCGCAGAUGUCCGUCUGUGUCGGGCAGCAGAGUGUAGAAGGAAAGCGUAUACCAUUCGGCUUUCGCCAUCGGACGCUACCCCACUUUAACAAGGAUGACUUCAGUCCAGAGGCGAGGGGAUUCGUGGAGAACUCGUACCUGCGCGGUCUGACCCCGCAGGAAUUCUUUUUCCAUGCGAUGGCUGGUCGAGAAGGUCUUAUCGAUACCGCCGUCAAAACGGCGGAGACAGGUUAUAUCCAACGACGUCUCGUCAAGGCCCUGGAGGACGUUAUGGUCUGCUAUGACGGUACGGUGCGCAAUUCGCUGGGCGACCUCAUCCAGUUUAUAUACGGAGAAGAUGGGAUGGAUGGUGCAUUCAUCGAGCGCCAGAGGAUCGAUACGUUCGGACUCAGUGACCGGGAAUUCGAACAUAAAUACCGUGUUGACGUAACCGACAAGGAGGGCGGCUUCCUUCCCGGAGUUCUGCAGAUCGGUAUCGACGACAGCUCCUUGGAGUUGCAAGGGAAGCUUGACGAAGAAUAUGCUCGCCUCAUACAGGAUCGUCGCGAAUUGCGGUCAUUCAUUUUCCCUCGCGCAGACAGCCUAACUCCCCAUUACAUGCCUGUUAAUUUGCAGCGUAUCAUUCAAAAUGCCGUUCAGAUCUUUCACAUCGACCGCCGCAAGCCCAGCGACCUCGAGCCAGCCUACAUCGUCGACGCAGUUCACCAACUCACGGAGAGGCUCUUGGCUGUGCUGGGUGACGAUGAACUUAGUAGGGAAGCGCAGGCGAACGCUUCACUGACCUUCCGCAUGCACGUACGAGCCACACUCGCUACCCGCCGCGUACUGGAAGAGUUCCACCUCAACCGCGAAGCGUUUGAGUGGGUGUUGGGCGAGAUUGAGGCGAAGUUCAACCAAUCUCUCGUUAACCCUGGAGAGAUGUGCGGUACUCUUGCCGCCCAAUCUAUUGGUGAACCAGCCACUCAAAUGACUCUUAACACCUUCCACUACGCCGGUGUAUCCAGCAAAAAUGUCACACUCGGUGUGCCUCGUCUGAAAGAAAUCAUUAACGUCGCUACCAAUAUCAAAACGCCCUCGCUUUCUGUGUAUUUGGAAUCCGAUAUGGCCCAGGACAGGAUGUUAGCGAAGAACGUGCAGCAAGAACUCGCUUACACAUCGCUUCGGACUGUCACCGCCGCAGUCGAGAUUUGGUACGACCCCGACCCUACGUCCACCAUUAUCGAAGAAGACUCCGUGUUCGUUGAAUCUUUCUUCGCCAUUCCAGAUGAGGAAAUCGAGUCGAAGCUCCAUCUUCAGUCACCAUGGCUUCUUCGGCUGGUACUCGAUCGUGCGAGAAUGAUUGAUCGAAAACUUACCAUGGCAUAUGUUGCCGGUCGUAUCGCUGAGAGCUUCAAGACGGAUCUUUUCGUCAUUUGGAGCGAAGACAAUUCGGAGAAAUUGGUUGUUCGUUGUCGUGUGUUAGGUGGUGGGGACAAGGAUGAUGAUGGGCAGGGUACAGUCGAAGAAGACGUCUUCCUCCGCCAACUGGAGAACACAAUGUUGAACUCGGUCAGCCUGCGCGGUGUACCUGGUGUCCAUCGAGUAUUCUUGUUGGAGCACGAUAAGGUGUAUGCCAAUGAUGAGGGGAGCAUCAAGACGAAGAAAGAGUGGGUCUUGGAGACUGAUGGUGUCAACUUGAAGGCGGUGAUGUGUGUUCCUGGUGUCGACUUUACUCGCACGUACUCCAACAGCUGUGUGGAGAUUUUCAACAUACUCGGGAUUGAAGCCGCGCGCGCAGCGAUCAUGAAGGAGUUGCGAGGAGUCAUCGAAUUCGACGGUUCAUACGUCAACUACCGCCACCUGGCGUUGCUUUGCGACCUUAUGACCCAUCGCGGAACGCUCAUGGCAAUCACUCGUCACGGCAUUAACCGUGCUGACACUGGUGCCCUGAUGCGCUGCUCGUUUGAGGAAACGGUGGAGAUUCUGAUGGAAGCCGCUGCCGUUGGUGAAAAGGAUGAUUGUCACGGUAUCGCGGAAAAUGUUAUGUUCGGCCAGCUUGCGCCUAUGGGUACAGGUGCCUUCGACGUCGCACUAGACAUCGACAUGCUAAAAGACGCCAUCGUCGAUCAUCGUCUCCCAGUGCAAAAUAUCCUUGCUGCACACGCGGACGGCGGCAUGACACCAGGCCAAGUAGCGAUGACGCCGUAUGACACGAACUCCCCCGCAUGGUCGGAGAGUAACUUCAAGGGCGAGUCGGCGGCAUUCUCACCCCUUGCCGUCAACGGCGGAGAAGAUCCUGCCAACUUUUCAUUCCUCGGAUACGGACAGAGUCCGUUGGGUGCAGGAGGCAUGUCGCCCGCCGGCCCUGGGUAUAGCCCGAGUUCUCCCAAUGCGUACUCGCCUACAUCGCCUUACGUCCCUCAAUCUCCAUACGGUGGAGCGACCUCACCAUUCGGUACGUCGCCCUAUGCGACGUCCCCGUUCUACGACAGAAGCAGGGGCGCUACAUCACCGACAUACUCCCCGACAUCACCCGCACUCAAUCUCACGUCUCCUGGUUACUCGCCGACCAGUCCACGGUAUUCACCUACUUCGCCUUCCUUCUCUCCGACGUCACCGCGGUACAGUCCGCAGUCGCCUUCCUUCAGUCCCACAUCUCCGCGGUACUCACCGACUAGCCCAUCCUUCAGUCCUGCGUCUCCUAGAUCUCCUGCACAAAUGUCUCCCUCCUCUCCAAAAUACUCGCCCACGUCACCGGUGUCACCGUCCUCGCCAAAAUAUUCUCCGACUUCUCCAACAUAUUCUCCAGCCUCUCCUGCCUAUUCUCCCGUUUCUCCUGCGUACAGUCCAACAUCUCCACAGUGGUCGCCUUCUAGCCCUGCCCAGAAUGGCACAUCUCACCGCGGUCACUCAUACAGUACGUCCCCGUCAUGGGAGUAAGUGUGUAGGGGUUUUUCUUUGGCUUGCGCCUGUCUCUUGCUGGACGUCCCCCCGAGUAGCUGGCACGUAUCUAGUACGUUUUCGUUGUCAUACACCCCAUGUAGAUUACCGCAAUCUUUAUUAUGCAAGCUAAAUAGCAAUAAUGUUGGUGCUGAG